AUGGCAACGCGUAAUCAGAGGUCGCAAAGCAAGUACAAACCUCCAGUGAAAUCCAAUCCGUUAUUGGAUGGUUUGCAAUUUGCUCCCAUCGCCAGAAAUUUACAAGUCUCUUCGAUCUAUAUCUUAUUCAUUUGUGGCUUCACUGCAUUGGUGAUGAUUCCUACAGAUCCCAUUUGGCUUUCCUACAUUCCAGGAGCCUAUUGUAUUCUACUUUCCUUUGUAUUGUAUGUGUGGUGUUUUGUGAGCGAAUUUAAUAAGGAAGACAAACUCACAGUGGAAGAAAUUCUCAAUCCGAAGCAAUGGCCACAACCAUUGAGAAAGGUAUUGAGUGCUAUGAAUCGAAACGAAGUGCAAUGUGUACUGUGCUUUUUGUAA